AUGUCUAGCACACCAGCCCGCUCCUCUCCUUCCCCCUUCACCCACGAGGAUGGAGAGGGUAAGCCUGUCUGUGUUUUCUGCGCCUCGUCUCCGGGUGCGGACGCAAUGUACGCCACGGCCGCCGCGAGUGUCGGUGCGGCGCUCGCGGACGCACACAUUCCCGUCGUGUACGGUGGCGGCCGACGUGGACUCAUGGGCGUCGUCUCGCACGCCGCCCUCGAGGCCGGUGGACGCGUACAUGGAGUCCUUCCCAGAGCCCUCAUGGCACGUGCGGCCGAGAGCACGCCAGUGCCCUCGCGCGACGCCAACCCCGCGCACGCCGCCAACGCCAAGUCUGCCGAAGGUAUUGGCAAGGACCUCCUCGCGGACAACUACGAUGGCCGACUCACGAUGGAAGUGGUGGGCGGCAUGCAUGAGCGCAAGGCCAAGAUGGCGCAGCUGAGCACUGGCGGAUUCGUCGUGCUCCCAGGUGGGUACGGGACCUUGGAGGAGUUGCUCGAGAUGGUCACGUGGAACCAGAUUGGGAUGCACUCGCUCCCAGUCAUCGUGCUGAACAUGAACAACUUCUACUCGCCGCUGCGUACUCUCUUCGAGGGCGCUGUCGCGUCGGGCUUCAUCAAGGCCGAGAACCUCUCGCUUCUGCGUAUCAUCGAUUUGCCCAGCGAGGGGAACACGAACGCGGCGCGUGCGGCCGAGUGGGGGCCCGCGGCCGUCGAGGCGCUCCGCCAGUGGUCUCUCCCAAACGGCGCUGGCUACGGGUUCAAGUGGGACGACGUCAAGCCGGCCGACCUGGGCCUCAAGGCGAGCGCAUAG